AUGGAAAUAGUUCACGGCAAAGAUUUGUCCUUUGCGGACCUUUCCCUGAAGCACCGUAAUAGCGGUCUAGCGUUCAAAAACUUAUUCAUUGGUCAGGAGAACACACCUGAGAAUCACCUUUUCGCUUUAGUCCGGUCUGUUGGCUUUUAUUCUCCGCGCCACAAACACAACUUUGACCAGUUUCGUUACGCAUAUAAGGGCGACAUUUCCAUCAGCCCUGACAAAAAUGCCACUGAAGGGGAGCUUGUCUACCAUCCCGAAGGUGUCUGCUACGGGCCACAGAAAGAUUCUGAAGGGGAGCGGGUGGUUCUUAUUUUACAAUUCGGUGGAACAAGUGGCCAAGGUUUCCUUUCAUACCGCCAAUUAGAAGAAGGCCAGAAAGAGCUUGCCCAGCUCGGCCGUUUUGAAGGUGGUAAAUAUUAUCGACAUGAGAGCCAGGAAGGUGAUGAGCCGCAGGAUGGAUAUGAAGCGCUGUGGGAAAAGUUCAAUGGUCGACGCCUCGUCUACCCACCGGGUCGCUACAAAGAUCCCAUCUUCAUGAGUCCGGUCAAUUAUGAAUGGCGCCCGGCAGACAAUCUGGCAAAUACUAAGGAGGUGGCUUUUAAGAAGUCACUUGGGGUGUUUACCGAGCGCGAAACUGGAGCAGAGAUGAUCAAGAUCAAGAAGCUAGGCCAGUUCUCCAUCGCUUCAGCGAAUGCAAUACGACUGCUUUUUGUUGUGCGCGGCGGGGGAGAAGUGGAAGGACAGCCGUGGGAAGAGGAAUCGGCGAUACGGGUCUCGCCUGGGAAAGGACUUGUCCUUUCUGCACAUCAAGACGCUGAAAUCUUAAUGUUUACCCUGCCGCUGUUAACUUAA